CCCAUCAUCACAAUUUGUCUGGGAUCUCUUUCUUUCCAUCCACCGGAGAUUCCCAGCUCACUGCACCUUUCCCAGUGUUCAUUCUUGACAAGCCUUCACUGGUGUCACUGCAUUUUUAUAGCAGCCAGACCGCCUGUGAGCGGGAUCUUUUAUGCGAGCGCGUCGCGCUGUUUGCGCUCACUGAUUGAUAUUAUCUAUCCUAGGUAAUAUUAGCGGUUGAUCUUUGCCAAAAUGGCUAACUACGAUGAUGCCUACGAGGAUGAGUUCUAUGAUGAUAUGGAAGAGGGCAUCACCUCGGAGGAUUGCUGGACCGUCAUCUCGUCUUUCUUCGAUACCAAGGGUCUAGUCUCGCAGCAGUUGGAUUCUUUCGAUGAAUUCAUUUCAUCAACGAUGCAAGAACUCGUGGAGGAACAAGGUCAAGUAACGCUCGAUCAGACGCUUCCGCCCGACGAAGAUGAGGUCGAUCCCGUCGUUGUCCGUCGGUAUGAGCUCAAAUUCGGAACAGUGAUGCUCUCUCGUCCCUCUGUUACCGAGGGUGAUGGUGCUACCACCAUCAUGCUGCCCCAGGAGGCUCGUUUGCGGAACCUUACCUACGCUAGUCCCCUGUAUCUCGGCAUCACAAAACGAAUAAUGGAAGGCCGAGAGCGAUCGGUUGCUGAUCGUGACGACGAGGAGGUCGAGGAAGACGAGGAUAGAAAGGCUCGUGGUACCUACCUCCAGUGGGAGCAGAAGGAGCUGCCCGCCGAUCAAGCGAAGGAGGAGACUGUUUUCAUCGGAAAAGUGCCUAUCAUGCUCAAGUCCAAGUAUUGUAUCCUUAAGGAUCUGAGCGAGCAGGCUCUAUACAACUGGAAUGAAUGCCCUUACGACUCCGGUGGUUAUUUCAUCAUUAACGGAAGUGAAAAGGUUCUGAUUGCCCAGGAGCGAAGUGCAGGCAACACAGUCCAGGUCUUCAAAAAAGCACCUCCAAGCCCAACACCUUACGUCGCUGAAAUCCGAAGUGCCGUCGAGAAAGGUUCACGGCUUCUUUCUCAGCUGUCUCUUAAGUUAUUUGCGAAGGGAGAUAGUGCAAAGGGUGGAUUUGGUCCUACUAUCAGGUCGACAUUGCCUUACGUGAAGACUGAUAUUCCAAUCGUUGUCGUCUUCAGAGCGCUUGGUGUGGUCUCCGAUGAGGACAUUCUCAACCACAUUUGCUACGACCGUAAUGAUAUCCCUAUGUUGGAAAUGCUGAAGCCUUGUAUUGAAGAGGGUUUCGUUAUUCAAGAUCGUGAAGUUGCUCUAGACUUCAUUGCUAAGCGUGGCUCUUCUCAGUCUAGUAUGAACCAUGAGCGUCGUGUGAGAUAUGCUCGUGAAAUCAUGCAAAAGGAGCUGCUUCCUCAUAUCUCGCAGAGCGAAGGCAGUGAAACUCGGAAGGCAUUUUUCUUAGGUUACAUGGUGCACAGACUUCUGCAGUGUGCUUUAGGACGCCGAGAUGUUGACGAUCGUGAUCACUUCGGAAAGAAGCGCCUUGAUCUUGCAGGUCCCCUUCUUGCAAAUCUUUUCCGCGUCCUGUUUACCCGAGUUACUCGUGACCUUCAGCGUUAUGUCCAGAGAUGUGUUGAGACAAAUAGGGAAAUCUACCUGAACAUUGGUAUCAAGGCCAGCACACUGACAGGCGGCUUGAAGUACGCUCUUGCUACUGGUAAUUGGGGUGAACAGAAGAAGGCCGCAAGCGCGAAGGCUGGUGUGUCGCAAGUGCUCAGCCGUUAUACCUACGCUUCUACCUUGUCACAUCUUCGCCGUACCAACACACCUAUUGGCCGAGACGGUAAAAUUGCUAAACCUCGCCAACUGCACAAUACCCACUGGGGUUUGGUCUGUCCAGCAGAAACUCCUGAAGGUCAGGCUUGUGGACUGGUCAAGAACUUGGCCCUUAUGUGUUACAUCACCGUUGGUACGCCUAGCGAACCUAUCAUUGACUUCAUGAUUCAGCGUAACAUGGAAGUCCUUGAGGAGUUCGAGCCUCAGGUUACGCCAAACGCAACAAAAGUCUUCGUGAAUGGCGUGUGGGUCGGUAUCCAUAGAGAUCCCGCUCAUCUUGUCAACACGAUGUUGUCGCUGCGGCGACGGAAUAUGAUCUCUCACGAAGUCAGUUUGAUUCGUGAUAUUCGUGAACGGGAGUUCAAGAUCUUUACCGACGCUGGGCGUGUCUGUAGGCCAUUGUUUGUUGUUGACAACGACCCGAAGAGUGAAAAUUGCGGCGGUCUUGUCUUGAACAAGGAUCACAUCCGCAAGUUGGAACAAGACAAAGAAUUGCCUCCUGACCUCGACCCAGAAGAUCGCAGGGAACGCUACUUCGGGUGGGAUGGAUUAGUGAAGUCGGGGGUUGUGGAGUACGUUGACGCCGAAGAGGAAGAAACUAUCAUGAUUGUGAUGACACCGGAAGACCUAGAGAUUUCCAAACAGCUUCAGGCUGGUUAUGCCCUUCCUGAAGAAGAGCUUCACGAUCCCAACAAGCGUGUUCGUUCUAUUCUGAGCCAAAAGGCACAUACCUGGACGCACUGCGAGAUUCACCCCAGUAUGAUUCUCGGUGUUUGUGCCAGUAUCAUCCCCUUCCCUGAUCACAAUCAAUCGCCCCGUAAUACAUACCAGUCUGCAAUGGGUAAACAAGCCAUGGGUGUGUUCUUGACCAACUUCGACCAGCGAAUGGAGACAAUGGCGAAUAUACUCUACUACCCCCAGAAGCCGCUCGCGACAACACGUUCAAUGGAGUUCCUGCGAUUCCGUGAAUUGCCAGCUGGUCAGAACGCUAUUGUUGCCAUUGCAUGCUAUUCCGGCUAUAACCAGGAAGAUUCGGUCGUUAUGAAUCAGAGCAGUAUUGAUCGCGGCCUUUUCCGCAGUCUCUUCUACCGUACAUACACGGACAGCGAGAAGAUGGUUGGGUUGACAGUCGUUGAACGUUUUGAGAAGCCAAUGCGACAGGACACAAUUGGUAUGAGAAAGGGGACUUACGAUAAACUGGACGAAGAUGGUAUCAUUGCCCCUGGCGUACGUGUCUCUGGUGAAGAUAUUAUCAUUGGUAAAACGGCUCCUCUGGCGCCUGACGCGGAGGAGCUCGGCCAGAGAACCAAAGCUCAUACCAAGCUGGACGUCUCCACUCCUCUUAGGAGUACUGAGAGUGGUAUUGUGGAUCAGGUUCUGGUGUCCACCAGUAAUGACGACCUGAAGUUCGUCAAGGUCCGUAUGAGGACUACGAAGAUUCCCCAGAUUGGAGACAAGUUCGCUUCACGUCACGGACAGAAGGGUACCAUCGGUAUUACCUACCGCCAGGAAGACAUGCCGUUCACUCGGGAAGGCGUGUCGCCCGAUUUGAUCAUCAACCCUCACGCCAUUCCCUCGCGUAUGACCAUUGCUCACUUGAUCGAGUGUCAGCUUAGUAAAGUGUCAUCCCUGCGUGGCUUUGAGGGUGAUGCGACGCCCUUUACCGAUGUCACUGUCGAUUCCGUCUCUCGUCUGCUCCGCGAGCAUGGCUACCAGUCUCGUGGAUUUGAAGUGAUGUACAAUGGCCACACUGGCCGGAAGCUUGUGGCGCAGGUAUUCUUGGGACCUACGUACUACCAACGUUUGCGCCACAUGGUCGACGAUAAGAUCCAUGCACGUGCCCGUGGACCAACUCAGAUCUUGACCAGACAGCCAGUGGAGGGUCGUGCCCGUGACGGUGGUCUCCGAUUCGGAGAGAUGGAACGUGAUUGUAUGAUUGCGCACGGAGCCAGUGCUUUCCUGAAGGAGCGUCUGUUUGAUGUUUCCGAUCCGUUCCGCGUCCACAUCUGCGAUGACUGUGGAUUGAUGACUCCCGUUGCUAAACUGAAGAAGGGACUCUUCGAAUGUCGACUGUGCAAUAACAAACACAGGAUCUCUCAGGUGCAUAUCCCGUAUGCAGCCAAGCUUCUGUUCCAAGAGCUGGCCUCGAUGAACAUUGCCGCCCGCAUGUUUACCAACCGCUCUGGAGUGUCCGUGCGGUGAGGGGCAGUCGUGAGGGGUCCCGUCCAUCUAUCUGUACAAUCGGCUUUAUUUCUUUCUGUUACGAUCCGGUCUUACGUGGUGUUCUACACUUUUAAUCCUUAUCCUCUCAAGCUUUCUGUGCUGUCAUCAAGAAAAACAGAUUGAUUUGGCAUUUUUCCGGCGUACCGUGGAUUCGAGGGAUGUUUAUUUAUGGUUUUGGUGCUUACCCUUGCUGCUGGGGAUGAUUCUGGAGAAGCGAACAUAUAUCUGUCUCUUUCGUCGUUCACCAUAUUAAGAUAAAAUUUAGAAUACUUUUGGAACCCUGUCUUUACCCUUCAUCCUUGUAGUUGCAGCUGUUCCCCACUGCUAGACUCCCGGCUCUUCAUCUAUCAGCAAUAUAACAAUUGAGUGUGGGUAGUCCUAUUUUCACUUGGCUAGGAGGGGUGGGAACAAUUGACCCCUCCAUGAGGG